AUGGCACCUGUUAGGCUCCCCACCCUUGACAACCCACCAAGUCAAACGGCAGAAUCUCGCCCGAAUCUGGUGAUAUUCAUGCCAGAUCAGCUUCGUUAUGACUCUGUUGGCUGUUUCGGAAACCCCCAUGUUCGCACACCCAAUAUUGACGCCUUCGCCGCACGGGGCACCAAAUUCACGAAUUGCUAUUUGCAAGCCACCGUGUGUUCACAAAGCCGAUGUUCGCUCUACACAGGGCAAUAUCCACAUGUAUCAGGUCAUCGAAGCUUGGAAAAUCUCAUCAAGCCCUGGGAACCUAACAUGUUUCGUGCACUGAAGGAAAGCGGAUACCACGUUGCAUGUUUGGCCCCUAGGGGCGAUACAUUUGCACCCACGGUCACAGAGUUGAGUGUAACUGAGUACGGCUUUCUUGUCCCGCCGGAGUGGAUGCCGAAGUUUGGAAAGGGAGGCGCAGAACCGGAUGUGUCAGAAGAUAUCUGGGACCGCUUGUUCUACAAGGGCCUCCGCAGUCAGGACAAAACAGUUGACUAUGAUGAAGCUGCUGUGCGAUCUGCGAUAAAGUGGCUAGAAAAUCCUCCUAAGGGCCCAUGGGUUCUUUAUCUACCGCUGAUCUUCCCCCAUUGUCCAUUCCAAGUUGAGGAACCGUACUUCUCCAUGUACGACCGUAAGAAGAUGCCACUGCCAACCAAGCCAGAGCAGAAAACAGGUUACGAACCGAGAUAUUUCCAGGAGAAUCGCAAGCGCUACGGCACAGAACGGGCAACCGAUGAAAUCUGGAGUGAAAUUACAGCGACAUACUAUGGGAUGAUCUCUCGUCUCGAUACACAAUUCGGGCAGGUCAUGACUGCAUUGGAAAGAACGGGUUUGGCAUCAAACACUGUCAUCGCAUUCUACACCGACCACGGGGAGUACCUUGGGGACCAUGGUAUGAUUGAGAAGUGGCCUAGCGGCGUAUCUGAAGUCCUUGCUCGUGAACCCCUCAUCAUAGGCGGUGCCGGUUUACCUGUCGAUAAAACCAACGAUGACAUUUGCGAGAUGGUCGAUCUGCUCCCAACGGUUCUCGAGCUGUGCAAGGUCCCUGAGAGCUUUCCACACAACGGCGUUUCACUCCUGCCGGCGAUACUUGGAAAUCAGAAGCACCCAAAGCUCUACGCAUACACCGAAGGGGGCUUCCUGAAAUCGGAAGAGCCGCUCCUCGAGCAAGCACCCUAUCCAUAUGAUAUCAAGUCUAUUUUGCAACACGAAGAUACCGAGGUCGUUGGAAAAGCUGUUUCCAUGAGAAGUGCAGACUGGACGUAUGUGUACCGGUUGUACGAACCAGCCGAAUUGUACAACAGGAAGACUGAUAUCGCUGAGCUUCACAACGUCGCUGCAGAUCCUCAAUUUGACCAUAUUGUUCGAGAGAUGCAGGAAGAGAUGUUUCGCUGGAUGAUGCAAACCUCGGACUUUCUCCCAUUUCAAAAGGAUCCUAGAUUUCCUCCGGUGAAUCUUGAGAGCCCAGAGGAACAAUAUAGGAAGAGGACUGAAACAAUCUGA